UAUAAGGAAAAAACAACUGUAUCGCAUACUUCAAAUCCACAACAGAAAAAAUAUAUAUAUCUAGCGACCUUCUUUACCGGAAUCCUCUGUCACUAGGCCGCAGAUUUUACCUUUGUUACCGGAAGUGAUUUUUUUUAAAAAAAAUAUCUGCUUAGUUAAAUAUAUAAAGUAAUGUUAUAUACACGAUCAUUUUAACGUGUUUAAAUGAACUUCAAGGUCAAGUAAGCGGCACCAAAAAAUUAUUUAUGAAUUACGAACAACCAACCGCACAAAAAGCGGAAAAACUACAUAUCCCAGAGUCCCGUUCGGAAAAAAAACACAAAUUUGACACGCGCAUGCUCAGUUUAUGGUUGUUGUCAAGCGGUGGUUAUGGAGAUGAAGGAAAAUAGGUUGCCAAAAGCACGGGAUAAAAAAUAAAUUAUUCUAAGUGUAAUAGUUUUUUUUAUUUCAAUGAGUUUAUUAAUAUGAUGAGUUCUACAAAUUAAACCCAUAUAGCUUUAUGUAGAUUGUAAACUAUUUGAAAGUGAGUUCGCAAACUGUACAUUUUAACGCUUCUUUUACCUUAUUGUUUCGGUGACUUAUAUUUAUAUUUUGACAACAUUGCAUCGCGGGAAAAACAAAACAUGGAAUCGACUCUUAUAUCCCGGUUUUGAAGGGAUGUCUGUCCAGCUGUUGUGAAAGAGAAGAGGAGGUAUCUCUUUAUACAGCUGCCUGAUUUUAAUGAGGUUGAAAAGGCAAGAGGUGAGUGAAGAGCCAAGCAUUGCAGAAUGCCUCACAAGAUAGGGUUUGCAGUGGUCAGCUCCUCUGGAAAUGAGGAUGGCUACAGUGCCAAUGAGCUGAUGGUUCAUGCACCUACUGUCAAUGGAUGGAGAUCUACCAGGUCUUGCUUGUAUCCCCAAGUAAUUAUCCUUCAGCUGGUGGAACGUUGCCACAUUCGGAAACUCCAGUUACUGGCUCACCAGUACAUGAUCUCUGCUAAAAUCGAGUUCUACGUCAGUGACAGCUUGCCAGAGUACUUUUCACCCAAUCAGUCAGACAGGUUCCAAAGACUUGGGUAUGUAUCAUUAUCAGACAAUGAAAAGACAGGUUUUAAAGCUCGUGAAUUGAAGUCUGUCCAUGUAGAUGCCAUGGGACAAUACCUGAAACUCAUCUUCCAUAAAAACCACGUGAACCGCUACAACCUGUACAAUCAGGUUGCUUUGGUUGCAAUAAAUGUUCUCGGAGAUGCUGUGGAUGGCGAAAUGGCGAGCACUCCCACAAAAGAGCAGCUGAUUGAACACUACCUUCACAACACUCACGAGGAUUCUGCUCUGGAUGGAACCUAUCUAGGUAAACUGGACUCGAUAUCCCCUCUGGAUGACCUGGCGUUUGAUAUGUAUCAGGACCCGGAAGUGGCUCAGAUAAUCCGCCAGCUGGACGAGAAAAAGCAAGACGCAGUUCGACUGGAGCGCUACGACCUUGCCAAGAAACUCAAACAGGCUAUAGCUGACUUACAAAAGGUUGGGGAACGCUUGGGUCGGUACGAGGUGGAGAAACGCUGUGCUGUUGAGAAGGAGGACUAUGAUGUAGCCAAACUGAAGAAACAGCAGAUGGACGAGUAUCGGCGGAAGGUGUAUCUGGAGAUUGAGCUACACAACCUGCUUGAUAUGGGUCUGAUUCAGAGAACAGAAGAAUUCCCCUUGGAGCCACUGGGUUACUCUGGCAGUCCUCGGCAGCCGAAGCCGAAAGAGUCAUCAAAGCACAAACAAGGGAAGAGCAUUGAAAAAGCUCCCAAAUCUGAACCAGAGCGUGUCUCUCCAAACCCUACACCUCCACAGCGCACCCCAACCCCUCCACCCACUCCCCAAGCACAGCCUCUGAUACCCAAGAUCAAUAUUGAUGCCCUUCCGUACGACGAGAGACCCCUACCUGCUCUGCGCAAACAGAUGGGAGAGACUCAGAACCAGCUGCCAGAGCCGGAACCCCCAGAGUCUGCCAUAACUGCAAGGAGCACGGGCAUCACCGGAGAGCCGGAGCCCCUGACGGAGAAGGCUGUGAGGGAGGCCAGCUUCCCCAUCGAAGUGUACGGAGAGGGCUUGGUUGCAGGAGCCUACUCUAAGACCUGGUCUUACCGGGAGGAUGCCCUGCUGGCAAUCUAUAAGAAGCUGAUGGAGGUCCCAGCUGGAACUUCGAAAGAUGACCUGAAGACCAUGAUGCGAGCUGCCGUUUUUCUUGUACGGAAAGCCCUAGUGGACAAGGUUGCAUCUGUAUUCCAAGCCUCCCUGAAGCUUUUGAAGAUGAUAAUUACCCAGUACAUUCCUAAACACAAACUGGGUAAAGUGGAGACCAGUCACUGUGUGGAGAGGACCCUACCCAACCUGAUUGCCAAGACUGGAGACUCUACCACCCGGCUUCGCAUUGUGGCUACAGAUUUCAUCCAGGAGAUGGCGCUGUUUAAAGAGGUCAGGCCGCUACAGGCCAUCCCUGCUGAGCUGGUAAAGCCUCUGAAGCCCAACACCCCGACUCGGCUAGCCCUGAGCCAGCUGGAGCUGCUGGAACGCCUGCUGAAAGACCUGGGCACUGACAACUCCGGCUUCACCGCGGACAACGUAAUGCAGUUUGCGAUGGGGGCUCUAGAGCACAGUGCGUCAGAAGUGCGCGACACAGCGGUGAGAAUAAUCCAGAUCAUGUACCGGAAAAACAAGAGCACUGUCCUGGAAUACCUCCCUCCAGACGACGCCAACACCCGCAGAAACAUCCUCUACAAAAACAUGUUCGAUGGGUUUGCAAAGAUAGACGGUCGACCGACUGAGACGCAGGUGAAAACGCAGAAGAAGGCUGCCACACAGGAGGCAGAGAAACAGAAGAAGGAAGAGAUUCGAGCCCUUCAGGAACAGCUGGCUGCCCUGCAGGAGAUCCAGGCAGAGCAAGUGAGCAAGGGGAAGGAGCGGGACACCCACAAGCCCAGUAAAGCAGCAGGGAAGAAGGCUCCUCUUGUCCCACCCCCUGACAUUGGGGAUGACCAGUCUUCCGUUGCAAAUUAUUUAGAUAACCUCUGUAUAUUUUGUGGAGAGAAAGACGACUCGUUUAAUGAGGAAGGUCUGGAUCUUCAUUACUGGAAGAACUGUCCCAUGCUGAGGCGCUGUGAACACUGCAGACAGGUAGUGGAGAUAGCCAGCCUGAUGGAUCACUUACUGACAGAGUGUGAUAAGAAGGACAGCUUUGGGAAGUGUCCACGCUGCACUGAAGCCAUUCCCAAAGAACAGCUGACUGAACACGUCAGAGCUAAAGCAUGCACCCCUGCAAAAUCGGAUAAAGUAGCCAACCACUGUCCGCUGUGCCACGAGAACUUCGCACCAGGAGAAGAGUCUUGGAAAUCUCACCUGAUGGGGAAGGAAAGCUGUAAAAUGAACCAGCGCAGGAUGCAGAGAACACAGCAGAUGCAGCAAGGAAAGACGGGAGGUCUGUCUGUGACAAAACCAGGGGUGAAGGGUCGAUCCCCAUCUAUUGUGACCAAGAUCCCAGCCCCUAAAACCGGACUCAACAAAACAAGCAGCAGGAUCCCGGCCAAGCGAUGACCCCGUGCUGCUAACACCCUCGCCACACAGUGCAGACAAUGUGUAUUUACUUCUUCCUAGGAUGACGUCAGAAACAUAGUAUGUGUCAGGACCUCGUUUGAUACAGUUUUCCCUAUACAAUAUAUUGAUUCAUAAGAACCCAUUUGUACGGCAUUGUGUCUGUAGAUUCUGUUUAUAGGAGUGCUUCGCAGUUUCUUAUAAUUAGUGUCUUUUGUGAUCCCUGCAAGAAAGAAUAAGCUGUUUGGCAUAGACUUCUUGCUUCUUUUCUGACGUUCGUCUGUAUUCUACUGCUGUAGAUGCUGUGGUAUUUUCUUAUUACAAAUAGAUAUUAUAUUUUUAUAUAUAUAUAUAUAUAUAUAUUUUAGAUAGAUAAGUACAGACACUACAGUAUGUACGGUGCACAAAACAUUUAAAAUAUUGACAAAAUGGAUAGUCAAUUUUAGACUAUGUAAGAAGCAAUACUGUAGAUAUAAAAGACAUAAUAACAGGAUGUAUUAGGCAGCCUUCAAUUCUUAUGCACACUAUAGUUGAAAAGACAAGUACAUAAAUGUUCAGUUUUAAAAUCACUGUAUCAUCUUUACAAUGUGCCUAUUGAUGUAAGUUUUAAACUGCUUCAUUGAAACACUGGGCUUUUGCCAAACUUGUUUGCCUUAUAUUGUAAAAAAAUAAUGGCAUCUUAGCUGUGUGUUGUGUGUGUUUUAUUUUUUUUUAAUCUAAUUUAAAAAAGACUAAAAAUGAACUGUUACGAACAAGUAAAACGUGACCCAAUGAAAUCUAAAAUGAGGUUUUAAUAAAUGUUUUACUCAGCAAGGGUUAGCGUUCAAGAGCAGAUAGUAUACUGGUGUAUAGUUGCAUCCGUUACAUAAUACAGUGUGGCUGUGUAAAGGGAAGUCUUGAUGUGCUCAAACCUCAGGAAGCAUGCUAUACAUUUUAAUCAU